UUUGCGUACAAGUUUUAAUUCCUCUUCAAUCCUUAGCUUAGACAAAAAAUGAAAUAUGUGUCGAGAUAAGAAAAAAUUUCACCCUUGUUUUAUUGCUGCGUGUGAUUGACCAUCUAGAUUGGCUCCUUUACCUGUGUCACUGUGGUGUGAGCGUCAGGCUUUCUUGUGACCAUCACCGAAAGUCUUGAAGAAGUUUAAUUUGUGCCUUUGAGAAUUCGUGGGUUUGAAAUGGAUCUUAACAGUAGUGGAAUUAGUGGCAAGGAUGAUAAUGAAAAGAGCAGUCUGACCAAGUCAAAGUUGGCCCCAAUUGCAAUCCAAACUGUCGAAUCCGGAAUCGCCAUUCUAGCAGGUGGGACGGACAAAUCAGGCAACUAUGUGAUCUUUUUCCCACCCAAGAAACAGGCCAUGAUAGCCACUCAAUUCGCCUUCGGAAGCCAUCUCGUGCAACUCAUCCAGUACCUCAUAGGCAUUGCCACAUACACAGGGGUGUACAGACGGAAGUUCAGCUUCUACGCGGACCUGCGGGACAUGAAUUAUGGGGCGACAGAGUCCAUAGUCAAGUCACUCACCACUGUCUACCAUAAGACGACAGGGAGCCAUGUGUUGGUAGACAGCCUACUGGUGGUUAAGCCGAAAGACAAGAAGCUGCUCAAAGCACUGUACAGAAUAGUGGGCGUCACGGCCUCCAAGUCCAAAUCAGAUGAUGACUUCACGCUUCCCAAACCCCCUUACCCGGUGCACAUUCUGAAUGACAUCAAGGAGCUGCACCGGAAGAUCGAUGUGUCCCAGCUACCUCUGAGUGGAGGGGGAUACAUGCCCUACUCACACCAGGACUUCGUCUCCUUCAUCAGGAAGUUUGAGGACACCCGAAGUUCGGUUGAUAGUAGUAUGGAGUCCAUAGACGAGUUGCUGGAUGAGUUGGAGCAGCUCAAUGCUCAGGAUGUCUCUAAAUUGGACGAGGCUGAAUUGAUUACCUACGAAGCCAACAAGAAGCGAAUCGCAGCUUGUCUCAAGGAGAUAAAAAUGGGAGAGAUGACAGAGAACUUGAAGAAGUACAGGGCCUCUCUGCUGGACAGGACCCCCUACAACGCCAGCUCCCACUCCCACAUCCCCGCCUCCAUCCUCAUAGAAGUGGCAGUCACAGUCGCCAGGGACUGCCUGGAUGAAAUAAAGACGCGGAAAGAUCGGUACAAACUUCUGGACAUGCACAACAAUUUAUUUCUCACACCACUCUACAAAUUAACUCAACAAGCGGAGCAAAACAAAAUCGCAGAAAAAAUAAGCCAAUCAGAAUCAAUCGACCAAAAAAGCAAAAGAGCAUCUGAUUCGGAAAUAUCCAAAGUUGCGAGACAAAAAAAUACUCAAAAUAGUUGGCGCCAACAAAGAUUUGAAGACAGUAGUGGACCAAGAUUAGCUCAGAGUAAAAGUAUUUCAAGCUCAGCUUUGAUGCAAUCUUUAACUUAUGACUCAGAAAACAACGAAACAAACUUGGCAAAUGAAGAAUAUUUUAACGAGUUGUAUGAUGAAGAUUACAAUAAAGACCAGUUUGACCCAAAUGAAAUGUCGGCAUUGGCAUCAUUGGCAUCCAGACGUCUGCAGAACUCUUUGUUUAUUCCCAUUUCAAACCAUCGAAGUCGGAAUUCAACUCAUAGUUUAGCCCCGAAUAGACCCUAUAAUAGUUUAGUACCCCGCGAAAGCCUUUCACGCUUCAAAAAACGACAGCGAGAACACGAGUUUCAAAAAUCGGUUCCGAACUUGAACGAAAUUGGAUACGAGUUGCAGCCAGUAGAAAACGGAAUGAGAUUUCAACAUGCUGGUGACGCCCGUAGCACCGGAACCCUCGACGAUGUAAUGUCGCCGCCUCUUUCGGGAGUUUCCUAUUCGUCGGGUGAGGUGGGCUACGAAGACGAGGAGCCGAACUAUAACGACUCGUUUUCGUCACCCGGAUCGAAGAAUUUUUCACCCAGGCGGCGGCAAUGGGAAAAACAGAACCCGGUGAACAGUGGUAAUAUGUUGUCUUAUUACCCACGUGGGAGCAACUCGUUUACAAAUGACUCAUCACCCGGCGGCGUUAACUCGGAUUCAUACGAUGCGAGUCCACUUGAGUUGCAGGAUGCCAGCCGAGAAGGUUACGAGGUGAGUGAUGCUUUCGCGCCUUAA